AUGAUGUGAGAAAUAUAACGCCAAUAACGGACUUUUUCUGUACGUUCAAGAAUGUUAUUACGUCGUGUUUAUUUUCUGUCACAGUUGUGAUCACACAGAGAGGUAAUCGCGGUCGAAAUAACUGUAGUCAACAGUUCAGAAGAAUAGGUUUAAUAUUAUGGAACGUUUUAUGGCUGUGUCUUCUUCUACAAUUCAAUGUUCGACGGAGGAAAUUGUUGCAAAAAGAACGAGAGAUGUAAUCAUUGACGAAAAUGGUGUGAAGAAUUUAGCGAAGGAGGUGGUAGAUUUUAUGCUGUCUAACCAGGAUAGUACAAUAUUGGGUACUACUUUUAUACGACAAUUGCCAGGACUUUAUCCUUCCUUCUUCGACAUCAGAAGCGGGGAUUGGCUAUUUUUAUUGCAUACAUUAAAUUUUUCGCUUUACAUUCCAAAGAGUACCAGACAAUGGACAGUUAAUAAUUAUACAGGGUUCUGGGCAUUGUGCUCAGCCAUCAAGAGGGCUAUUGAUAACAACGAAUUAGUUUGGCACCCAAAUUAUUACAUGAAUAUUAGUCAAAGUGAAAUGGAAUAUAUUUUUCGAGGUGACGAUCCUGAAAUAACCCUUCCACAUUUAAAAGAAAGACGUAUUGUUUUAAAUUACGUCGGAAAAACUUUAAAGAAAAAAUAUAAGGGUCUAUUUCUAAAUUGCAUAAGAGCAUCUGGAUAUAAUGCAAAGAAAUUGAUGACAAUGCUUUUUAACUUUGAUUCCUAUCAAGAUGAAGUAACGUAUUAUGGAGAAAAAAUUCGUCUCUAUACUAAGGCCAAGAUAUUAAUAAGUGAUCUACGAGCUUACUUUCCAAUUAGUCAAGAACUGCAGCCAGUGACGUCUACAUUGUUAGUUGAUUACUGUGCUCCUCAAGUUCUUCUUCAUUUUAAAGCUAUUCGCUAUACUCAGUAUCUCAAUCUUCUUAUAAGAGAUGGUACAUUGCACGUCGGCGAUAUAGAAGAAUUGGAAUUACGCUGUUGCUAUAUUUAUGCAGUCCAAGUGGUGUGCGAGGAAGUGCGGAAAAUGUGCGCGGAAUACGUGGGACGCAGUACUGUCCUAGAUACAUUAAUAUCGCACAUUUCGACAGUGGUCGAUAAUUUUAUAUUUCAUUAUCAAUUAACACACAGUGAUGGUUUGUCCACAGUACCGUUUCACUAUGUUAAAACGGCAAAUUAUUAGUACAAUAUUAUAUCGCCGUGAGUUCGCGAGUACUUGACGCAUGUAAGACGAAAAUUGUUCUUUGUAUAAGCAUAUUUUUCUGAAAUGAUAGUUUUUAUCUCGUCAUAACAUUCUUCCGUAAUAAUCUAAGAACAGAUACAAUCGAUUGGUAUGUCAUCACACGGCAGAUUUUUUCCUUUAGUAAAAAUUUUUUUUUUUAUUCCAAUCGAAUAUUCGAAAUGAUUAUUUGA